AAAGGUUCCAUUAAACACAGCCAGAAGAAGGAAAAACCUUUGAAGAGAAGAAAAAAGAAAAUGUCAGCCUCCGCCAUAUUCGGGUUGCAGAUGGCGGUGUUGCCGCGUUCCUCAACUGUUUCAGCGACCGGAUUCACCGGCGGAGCCACCAGGUUGGCGUCGGCACCCACAAGUAUCGGGGGAUUGGUAAUUGAGUGCUCAUCUAGGCCACAGAAGAAGGCUACAGCUCACCAUAAGAAGACACGUCCACGGAAGACUCAAGCUUGGGAUAUUCGACGUGGACCAGCUGUUUAUGCUCCGUUACCUCCCUUACCAUCGGAGUGGUCCUUUGCCAGUGAUGAAUCGGGUCAACCCGCUGCCGCCGGAGCUUCAGAGUCCGACGCCAAAUCUGAGUAAUUUUUCUGUAACUUAUCAUUUCGGCUUUUGUAUAAUGGUGUUUUCCGUCUGAUACUUUGGGGAAAUUUGCAACUUGUUCAAUUGCAGUUUUGGCGCAAUAAGUGAUUUGAAAUGAAUGUUUUACGCUUUACUUUUUAA